AUGCUAUCUGGAAGGUUAAAAGAUGAAAUAAUUCGCUAUUACAAAGAAGGAUUUACUUGCCUACAAAUCAAGAGUAUGAUAAAUGAAGUUCGCAAGCAAAAUUUUUUGAGAGAUAAGAUAAAAAACUGCAUUGAUUAUUAUUCUGCCAAAUAUCCUAUUAAUCUCACAAUGGAAAGCAUGAUAGAAUUGCUAAAUAAAUGUGAUAAUUAUAUGAUUGGAACUGAUAAUAAAAAUGGAAGAUUAUUUUUCACAGAAGGUUUACGAGUUGACAAAUGGCGCUUGCUUGGUGAUGUAAUUGCAAUAGAUAGCACAUACAACAUUAAUAACAUAUUUAGGUGUGCUAUUUUUUUCGUAACUAUCGAUAAAUGGAUCAAAUUAUGUCUUAGCGAUGUGUCUUUGUAA